GUGACAACGUUACGUCGUAGCCAUAGCAACAGCCAGAGCAUGGCUGACAGGAACAAAUCAGUCAAACUUUUUAGCAUUUUAUGAUAAUUUUCGACUUUAAUUCACAAGAGACUGGUGACUAUGGGAGACGAGGAGAGAUCUACGGAGGCGGAGCAGGAGGGGGAGGAGGAAGUGAAGCUGGUCCUUCACUGUCCUCCCAUCUACCCGCUGCCUGAAGGGAUAAAAAAGAUGGAUCGCAGUGAGACGAUGUGUCGUUACUGCGGUGUGAGCUACCUCAUUUUCCACGAGUUCCACCAGCUCAACAGUCGAGUGGCUCAGCUGGAGGAAGAGCUCCGGGAACAGAGAGAGAAGGCCCAGCGAGAGGCACUGGAGCUGGGCAGGCUGGAGUGGGAGAGGGCAUGUCACCUGGAAGUCCAGAGACAUGUAGAGGAGAAAGUGAAAACCACAAGAGAGGAGUUAGAGCAGAUUCACAGAGACGCAGAGAGAGCCAUGAGAGAGGAGUUUGAACAAAAGAAGGAGAACAUGAAAGGGGAGUAUCAGAAAAUCAACAAGGAAAAAGAAAGGAUAGCAGUGAGAGACGUAGAGUCGGAGAGGAAGAAGCGAGAGGAGCUGGAGAGGAAGUCUGAGGAGAGGGAGAAAGUUCUGAGCGACGCACUUCAAAAGGCCAAUAAAAAUGUGGAGGAGCUGAGGAAAAGCUUCCAACAGCUGGAGGAGAGGCGGGCAGCAGCGGCAGCUUCCACGAAGGAGGAGGCAGAGCAGUUACUCGGAAAAGAGAAGCAGGAAAAAGAAAACCUGGGAGGAGUGUGUGUGCGGCAGCGGCAGGCCCUGCGAUCGACUCUCUCCGCGCUCCGGGCCUCUGGCAGCGAGCUCACAGACGUACGGGGUUUCCUCAGCCAGCUGACAGGGGCCUGGCAGGCCUUCAGAUCCCAGAUACUGCAGCACAGCACACAGGCGUUUUCAG